CCAAACUUAAAGAAACCUUUUAUUCCCAAAACCGGUUUCUUAUUUUUUAUUUAUUAAAUUAAAAAAAAUGAAAAAUUAGAAUUGAUAAUUUAAUUAAGUGCAAAACUCUGUAUUACCCUCUUUCAUUCACUUCAUUGAUAUUCACGCUAAUUUACCGCCACUACUACACUCACCCUCCCAUCUUCCUCCAUUACCUCCAAUUACAUACGAUCAAGCUUUCCUCCACCGCCAUCGCAACCGCAUAAGCCCUUGCCCAUCACAAAAGCCAUUGCAAUUUCGCUUAUCUGCCACCAUCGCCACUUUAAUUUGUUCUGGUUUUUGUGUCGUUUGAACUACUGCCGGCACCGCCACUGAAGCCACCGCUCAUCCUCUCUGCAGAAUUUUGCGUGUUGUUUCCUUCUUGUCGGCAUUGGAUGGUUGCGAUCAUUAGUCCUUGGAAUGCAGUGGUGUUUUGGCUAGAUCCAGAUGGAGCAGAAAAUGAAAUUAGUGAAUUUGCUCAAAAGACCAUCAACGAUGGGAUAAAAAAAUUUAGCCAAAAACAUCGAAAAGACAUUAUCAAGAUAAAAAAAAAUCCAGGAAGUAGGUGGAAGAAACCACAGUGUCCUCGUCAAUCACUAAAUUCCUGCGAUAGUGGAUACUAUGUGUGCCGCUACAUGCUUGAGACUAUAGACAAAAGACGACAAGUGAUUCCUGAUCAGAUUGACGAGCUAAGAGACUUAUGGGUUAAUUAUGUGAACGAGCAUAAGCAAGUCGGUGAAGAAUAUGACGAUGGUGUGGAUUAUGAUGAGUAAAUUUAUAAGCAAGUCGGUGAAGAAUAUGACGAUGGUGUGGAUUAUGAUGAGUAAAUUUAUAUGCAUCGCGCUACCAUUACAAUUUUAGUAUUUUAUAUUGUCUUUUUUCUUUUGGUACUACGUACAACAUAAACACUCUAAAUUUGUACUCGUAGUAAAAUAUUUAUUUCAAUGAAAGUAUGCAAUAUUUUAUCUUGUACAGUAGCUUAUUUUCAUAUUUUUGUUUAUAAUUAUAUAUAUAUACAGGUUUGUCACCUGUUAGGUACUCGUUACAUUAUGUUGCUUUAAAAAAAUUAAAAAAAUAAAUAAAUAAAUAAGAAACCGGUUGUCUA